UGGGUGCACCGAAUUGAACAUUCAUCAUCUUUUUAUUCUUCUCCUCUCUUGCCUAGCUUCUCCACCGUUCUUAAUCGUUAAUUUUGGAUUUCUGUAAAUGACCAUAUCUUCACCACAAGCAUCACCACCAGAUCCACAGUCAUGGCCACCGCCACCAUAUCAGUCUCCGGAUGCGCCUUCUGGGAUCCUGGAGCCCGAACUUUCGCCAACGUACACCCCGCCGUCUCCACCAUCUUCUGUUGAUGGGCGUAAUGGGACUCUGCCGACUAAACUUCCGCCUCCGCUUCCCCCAUCUCCGCCUCGGCCUCCGGGAAAGUCAGUGGGGCUAGUUGUGGGGGUGGUUGGAGGCGGUUUGAUAUUUGUGUUGGGAAUUCUUAUUUUGUUGUGUUAUUGGAGGAGGAGGAGGUGGAGCAGAACGAUGAAGAUAGAAGAUGGAUUAGGGAAGCCUCAUGCAGAUGGAGAGCCACCCGUACAACCCCAAUAUGAAUCUUCAGGAAGACGACAUCAACAAUUGCAAAAAGUUGCUUCUCCCCCAGGAUUCAAUUCAAGUGGACCAAUUCCAUCUUCAGAGAGUAUCAGCUUGGCCUCUGAACCACCACCACCACUAUCCCAUGGCAUUUCCUUCGGAUUUUCGCAAAGCACCUUUACGUCUGAAGAACUAGCAAUGGCAACAGAUAAUUUCUCCCCUGCCAAUGUCCUUGGCCAAGGUGGUUUUGGAAUUGUCUACAAAGGCAUACUUCCAAGUGGAAAACAGGUUGCAAUUAAGCAGUUAAGAGCUGGGAGUGCGCAAGGGGAUCGAGAAUUUCGGUCUGAGGUUGAGGUCAUUAGUCGUGUCCAUCAUAGAUAUCUGGUUUCACUUGUUGGCUAUUGUAUUAGUGGGGAAGAGAGGUUGCUUAUUUAUGAGUUUGUUCCAAACAAGACGUUGGAAUUUCAUCUGCAUGGUAAGGGGAGACCGACUAUGAACUGGCCAACCAGAAUGAAAAUAGCUCUAGGUUCUGCAAGAGGACUGGCAUAUUUGCAUGAGGACUGUGAGCCCAAAAUCAUACAUCGUGACAUUAAAGCAGCUAAUAUUCUUCUUGAAGAUGACUUUGUGCCAAAGGUUGCGGAUUUUGGACUCGCUAAGUUUUCUUCAGAUUCUGAUACUCAUGUCUCCACAAGGAUCAUGGGAACUUUUGGUUACUUAGCUCCAGAAUAUGCAUCUAGUGGAAAACUCACUGAUAGAUCAGAUGUCUUCUCCUUUGGGGUUGUACUUUUGGAGUUGAUUACUGGACGCCAACCCAUCGCUAAAGCUCAGCCCUUUGCUGAUGAUAGCAUUGUUGAGUGGGCCAGGCCUUUGCUCGUACAAGCACGGGAAAAUGACGACUUUAAUGCUCUUGUUGAUCCAAGGUUGCAGAAUGACUAUGACUCCAGUGAAAUGACCCGAAUGGCAGCUUGUGCUGCUGCUUGUGUGCGUCAUUCAGCCCGCCUCCGGCCACGAAUGAGUCAGAUAGUUCAAGCUCUGGGGGGUAAUGUUGCUUUAAAUGAUUUAAACGAGGAAGUAAAACCUGGUAACAGCACGGUAUUUGACUCAUAUGGAAGCACAACCUACAAAGCUAGCCAAUACAAGGAAGACUUGAAAAAGUUCCAAAAACUGGCACUGAUGGUGAGCCAAGAGCAAACCUUUAGUGAGGGCAGUGGGCCCAGUAGUGAUUUUAGUCGGCACCCAUCUACCUCAAGCAGUGGCCAACAAACUACCCAAGAGAUUUAACUGGAGAAAAUCUAGAAAGACACCCAAGAUAUUCAGUGAAAGCACUUGGCUCUUGGCAACCGAUUAUCAUUCCUUCAAAGAGGAAGUAAAAAAAAAAUAUAUAUAUAUAUAUAUUCAAAAUAGACCGAUUACCAGAUUAUAUUAUAUUAAAAUUUUCUUUGAACAAUUCAAGGGUUGAUUAUAUUAAAAUCUCGUAUCUUUGUUAAUUUUCUAUUGUAUUUUUCUGUAAACUUGGUGUAUUAUUGGGAACUCAACAAAUUUAGUGUUGGAAACGAACUAACAGCAUUUGUAUUGUAAUUUCUAAUUGCAAUUAUUGGAGCACUUUUCGGAAUUAUUAC